GUGGUCAACGCGCGACUCAGAGGGACUUAAAGAAAAUUUUCUAAGUCCCACUUCUCCACUUCUUUCCAACACAGCCCAUGCUCUAGCUCACGCUUUGCUCUCUUUCUCUUCGCCCUCCCUUACCUAAGCGUCUUCCCGAGUAAAGGCGCUAUUCCUCCUGUAUCUCUAGAUUUUUGCAUCUUUAACUCCCGCCUCCCUUCUUUGACCAUCAAAUUGGUCAAACUAUCUUACACGUCAUCUGAAAGCAAUGGCUGAACCCACUGAACCCCAAGAACUCGCGGUCGUGCAAGCCCAAGAAGCAUACACCGUUGCUAGCGCCGCUUUGGAGGGACUUGAACAGGUCUCUCCCAACGAUACUUGGUCUGCCUCUUGCGUUGAUGACUGGCUUCGUGAAGCCAUCGACAACUGGACGACUUGUAGUGACAAUGUUUCAUUGGCCGAGGUUCCGCUUCGUAGCUGGUACAAACUGGAAGGGAGUUUUUUUCAGUCCUUCGCCGCUGUGCCCAUCGAGAAGGUUGAAGAGGCCCGUCGAGAGUAUAACACCCUGGCUCGCGAAGCGGUCCAGUACGAACUCGAGGUACCCAUUUUGACUAUGAAAUGCGUGGUUGCUCGUGUUACCACGCCUCCAAAGUCACCAGUGGCCUCAAGACAAGCUUCCGCGGCGCCGCCCGCGCCUUCGACUUCAAAAGUCACUCCUUGUCCAAUUUCACUCCUUCGUAAGCCCGUUGUUAGUACUUCCACUCCGGCACCUUCUCUACCGUCUCUAGUUCGUGUUACGAUGCCGCCGCCUGUUUUUCAGCUGGAUCCUACUUCUCUUCAUACGAGGAUAACCAGGCCUUUGAAACCUGUGGCCGAGGUCUCAGGAGUUCAACAAAAACGUUCGUCUCCACUUACAGCCAUUAAUGCCGUCUCCCGUCCACAAAUGAUCCCGGGGCUGAGUACCAUUCAGGACGAAGAUGACGAAGAAGAAGGCAAAGACGAAACCAAAGCUCGUGGCAAUGUCGACGAACCAACUGACGAGGAGGACGAUCAUUCUCCCCGCCCCCCUCCGACUAAGCGUGCCCUAGAGGAUGUCGAGGAGGUUGAAGAACUUGUGGCCGCUAAAAAGGCCAAGGUUCAGGCCGUCAAGAAGGUCGAUGACGUUGUUCAAGUCACUACAGCGGUGAGAAAAUGGAGUCCGGGGCCCUCCAAAUUGCUGGUCAACCUGGGUGUCAGCGGCAGCGGUUUUGGUGAGGUCGUACCCUCAUCUGCCAAAUGUCCCUGCACUGUUGAUGGGGAGGCAGGCCUUAAUCCCGAGGACCACUAUCGUCCAAUGGGUGCUGCUGCCAUCAAUGCUUUCGAGGGGGAGCUAAACGCCUUGGAACAGAGUAUCUCUGCCACUGCCUCCCUUACCCAACAAUAUCUCGCUGGCCUCAACGUUCUGGCCCAUACUCAGAAUGUUCGUGCUCAGGUAUCACGUCUUCGGGAAUGCCUUUUGUCUCCCAUAGAAUUUGAUGAAGACAAUGAGGAUGAGAAGGACAAUAUGGGUGACAGUGGUUCUGGCAGCAGUGACAACUAGGGCUGGUGGUUGACUAGGUUUUCCAGCUGGGAGCAUGGCUCCCCUUUUUGAACAAUAUAUAUAUACCACUAUUAUACACCUUUGGGC